AUGUUUAGGAGCCCGUUCUUCUUCGGGGCCGAAGAGUACCGCGGCAAGGGGCUCGGCAAAUUUGUGAUGCAGCUCCUCGAGCUCCUCGCCAAAAAGCACAAGAUGCAGUUCAUGAUGCUGCCCUACUCUGUGGACGAGACGUCGCCCUCGCGCUGCGCGGUGGACGACGAGUCUUCGUACGAGAUCCUCUCAAAGUGCCUCGACAAGGAGCUGCUCAAGGGCGCGGUGCAGGGCGCCGACGACCUCGGCCCGCGCCUGCGCAACGUGGCGCUCAACUAG